AACACCCCCCUCCCCCGCAGGAUGGGGCCGUGGGAGUGGAUGAGGCCACUCCGGGGGAGGAAAGGGGUGGACCCAGGUGGGCCUGGGAGGCAGGGGAGCAGGUGACAAGGAUUGCUUCCGGAACUUGGUUUCUAUCCUGUAGUUUUUUAUCUCACACGGGCCGCUGUCCCCUAUGGACAGUGUGCCCAGCGCAGACAUGCUUUCUGGUCGGGCCGCAAUGGUCCUUGGCCUCUGCGCUGAAGGCCUGGGUAGGGGGUCCUUGGCCUCUGCGCUGAAGGCCUGGGUAGGGGGCCGGUGCAGGCUGAGUGAGUGAAUGCCUACUGGGCGCCAGUUAACCUUCAGCACCUUCUUCAUUCCAUCACUCCCGGUGAAGCCUGCGGGGCCGGGCAGGUUGAAGCCCCUUCUGUGGGUAAUCUUUCCACCAGGAAGUUUCGCACAUGGAGGUGGUUGUCCAAGCCCAGUGUCCUAGUCCCUCGCUCUCACUCCCUGCUGCAGGCGUCAGUAACAUGGUCUCUAAGCUGGCCAAAGCCUGCACCCUCCGCAUCAGCCCAGAGAAGCUGAACUUCAUCGUCUCGGACAAAGUGGCCAAUGGAGGCGUGAGCAUGUGGUGUGAGCUGGAACAGGAGAACUUCUUCAGUGAAUUUCAGAUGGAAGGUGUCUCCGCGGAAAACAACGAGAUUUAUUUAGAGCUGACGGCGGAGAAUUUAUCUCGAGCUUUGAAAACUGCCCAGAACGCCAGAGCCUUGAAGGUCAAGCUGACGAAUAAACACUUCCCCUGCCUCACCAUCUCCAUAGAGCUGUUAUCGGUGUCAAGCAGUAGCCGCAUUGUGACACAUGACAUCCCCGUUAAGGUCAUUCCUAGGAAACUGUGGAAGGAUUUGCAAGAACCUGCUGUCCCAGACGCCGACGUUAGUAUUUAUCUGCCAGUCUUGAAGACAAUGAAGAGCAUCGUGGAAAAAAUGAAAAACAUCAGCAAUCACCUUAUUAUCGAAGCAAACCUAAGUGGAGAAUUGAACUUGAAGAUUGAGACAGAACUAGUGUGUGUUACGACCCACUUCAAAGAUCUCGGGAACCCUCCCGCAGCCCGUGACGCUGCCGCUCGGGACCGAGACCCAGCGCAGAUGGCCGAGGUGCACCUGGACAUCAGGAGGCUCCUGCAGUUCCUCGCCGGACAGCAAGUGGGCCCUACGAAGGCCGUGUGCAAUAUCGUGAGUAACAAGAUGGUCCAUUUUGACCUGCUGCACGAAGACGUGUCCCUGCAGUACUUCAUCCCCGCAUUCUCAUAGCCGCCCUCGUCCCUGGUGACGCACUGGAGCUCAGGGGACACGCUUGGAUAAACUUACUGUCUCCUACUUCCUCGUCCUCGUCUCUGUUCUGUCGUUGAGACGGGGAAAGAAGAGGAAGAAGUUCCCUCUGUGGACUUCAGGUCGGCCGAGGUUUCUGGGAGCUGCCCGACCCUGGCUCUGCUCCUGGGGCCGGAUGACGGGCCAGGGCAGCCCUCCCGCUGCCUCGGUUGCGCAGAGCGUCGCAGGGUCUGUCGGGGGUGUCUGGCUGCAGCGCCUGGAGCCCGGGCUGCCAGGCCUCCUGGUUCGCAGGGCCCGCGUCCAUCCGAGGUCACCAUCCUCACCGUUCUGUCCCCCACGUGCAGGGGCCUGACGACCUGGAAAGCACACUGUGUGUGUCCGGGAGGCGCAGGGACCCCGGGCAGCCUGUGUUCAGCACUGAGACCACAUGUGCCUGUGCGCGCUGGUGCAGGGCUGGCCGGCCGCUGUCUCAUCCCCCGGGGCCCGCCCAUCUCGUCCCACCGUGGCGACCUGUCCUCUGCCCUGUGGACGGGGGUGUCGUCAACGUGGUCUUCACUCACGUGGCAAAGCUAAGAAGGAAAGCGGUUGCUCAGGGGAAGAGGAGGAGGUGGGAAAUCUGUGACAUCGAAAUCUUCCUUCAUGGCCUUUUCCCAGUACUUGGUGCGAGCUCGGUUCUUAAGUGCCUCUUCAGGUGCUCAUCAGCGUGAGUUCCGAUGGGACGUGGUCCUCAUUCACGUCCCCUCAUUGAGCCCUCUCCUCUCUUUGGCUUGUGGCCACAUUAAUUCUAGCUGCAGCGUCAAACAUAGAAGUCAUCGAUGGGGCAGUGCCUGAAAACAGUUCAUAAAAGCAGUUUGGUUCCGUU